UACUACUCCACUCUUGAAAUUCAAUAAUUUAUGUGGCUACAUAUCGCAGAUCAAUAUAUCCCACCCCUCCCAUCAUCCCCUUUUUACGCAAAUACUUCAAUUCGAAACAACGGUGGAUUACCUGAAAAUGUCAAAACGUACCAUAGCUCCCCUCAUCCGGAAAUACAGCUCUUCUCGGGCACAUAUGGAUUGUCCGGUGAGAAUAUUUCCUUUGCGACGGCCAAAGAAUCAUGUUCCUCCGAUGCCGCGUUGGUUAGCGCAAUUUCCGGACAACCUGGAUAAAGUAUUUACGGCGUAUAUCGGAGUCCAACAGCAUCCCGGAGCUCAGGCAGAGCUUCCCCAGUGCCACGCGGCCAUUGAGCUUUGGUUGUCGCAGAAUCGGAACACUGCGCCGGCAUCGGUGGAACGCUUUCGAGUUCUUGACGGGAACGAUGCCCCCAAGUCCCUCGUGUUCGCUUGUUACUGGAAUGAUGAGAUCAAGUAUCAAGAGGGAAUCAGACGACUAAAUCUCAGUCGGCUACACAGAGAGCUUGAUCCUUCGGACCAACCGGCGGUUGGUCUCUGGUGUGAACGAUUUAUCAGUCACAUCCCUCGCUUGGAAACCAACUAUACUGGAACUGACUAUCUCCCGGGUCUUGCCCAGCUACCCGGCACGAGUACCAAGGACCACUCAUGUACGGCAUAUUGGGGCGCUGCGCGGGAUCGAAUCCCCGAUUCGGCCUUUGACCUCUUCGACCGGGACGGAGGUUCUAUCGCAGCGGCAUUUCCGGACCCCGUCCCGUCCUCAGUAGGCAAGCACUUGACCGGCACCAACUUCCAGAACAUGGUGCAUAUCCGAUCGGGUCAAUUCUGGGACAACUGCGAUGAGGAUGAGAAGCGUUCAUACGAAGAAAAUCUGGAGCCGACUCUCCGGGAGGGGCUAUCGUAUCUAUGGCAGAAUCCCACCACAUCCGGUUCGAUGGCUCUGAGGUACUUGCAAAACGUCCCCAAUUCAUCGCCCCAGUGGUCCGGGCAAUCAAACGAAUCCUGUGUGACCGGAUUCUUCACCAGUUUGGCGGAUUUGGAGAGUUGGGCAAAGCACCAUCCAUCGCACCUGGCAAUCUAUACCGGUGCGAUUCGCCAUGCGAAAACCUUCGGGGAGAAGCGAAAAUUCCGCACGUGGCAUGAGGUGUCGGUGUUGAAGCGCGGCGAUGCGCACUUCGAGUAUGUUAAUUGCCUGCCUGAAACGGGAAUGAUCAAGAGUGUCUCGCUCAAGGAGGUUAGCGAUUAAUGUCUGGAUAUGAUUAAUAUACAUCAACCCACAUUCAGGAUCGGGGGCAUUAUGCGGAGCCGAACAUGAUGUAGAGCUGUAGAAGUCUGUGAACGAACCAGCCUCUGUAAAGUUUUCCUAUAUCCGCUAAACUUCCAUCCUGCA